AUGCCAUUUGCAUUCUGCCAAUAUACUAAUGAUUCUGAUGCUGAGCGAGCCAUCAAGGAUGGUCGCGGCCGCUUGAUCAAGGGCCGUCCAUGCCGUUGCGAGAAAGCAAAGGCACAUCGCUUGUUCUUCUUUGAGCGCAAGUAUGGCCAAGUUGUCACCCCAUCCGAGGUCCAGGAACUACUUCGCAACUUUGGCAGAAUCUCCUUCUGCAGAAAUGUCAAUCAAGUCGAGCGCGCUGCAUAUAAUCUCAACGAGGGUGUCAUGGUUCAAUUUGAGAUGUACGACGAGGGUCAAGCUGCUCACCAGGCAUUCCGCAACCACAAUGAGUUCAAGAUGCAAUGCAUGGCCAAUAUGGGAUCUCCAGCUGGUCGAGGUCUCAACAAAUCCGACCCUGUACAUCGCUCCUACCUUGAUACCUACGAUGUUGACAAGCGCUCUAUCUUCGUCGGAAACCUCCCGACCAGCAUCACUGAAGGCGAGAUCUUCGACAUCUUCCAGCAAUUCGGCAGCAUUGUUCAAGUCACUCUGCACAAGAACGAUUCCAUGAUCGACAUCAAUCAAAAGCACUGCUUUGCUUUCGUGGAGUUCCAACAGCAGCCCGCUGUCACCAAAUCUUUAGUGGCCAUGUCUGGCUAUGUCCUCCAGGACCGAGCUAUUCGAGUCUCUCAAAAGGAUACGGAGGCUGCCAAGGCUCGCACACGACGCCAACCAGCCAGAGUUGCUCCGUCUUUGACUGGUCUAUACCAAUCUCCAGCUGCUCGUCCUGUUGGUCGGCCGCAGGCUUCUCCUUUGGCUAACACGUCUCCUGCUUACGCUUCUCCUUACAGCUUUGCCCAAGUUGGUCAGUAUCAUAACUACCAGGCAAAUGCUUUCCCAGGUCAGGUCCAGUACUACUCUCCAUCCUACUCGCCAACCGUCUAUUCAUCUCCUUCCUACUACUCCUACACUGGUAGCCCAUCCUACACUCAUGGAGCAACCGCAACCGCAACCAUUGCCGGUAGUCCAACUCAUCCGCAAUUCUACUACAGUGGCUAUAAUCAGUACGCCCCGCCUGCAUCGUACCUGCCCACUUCAAGUUCAGUUGCUCUUCAACCACAGGUCAACUACUACACUCAAGCCUACUCCCCACCAACCACCAACAUUAUCCAAGACGAUCGCACCGCAACUCCGACUCCACUUGGACGCCCAGCUGUCAUUGACAAUUCGUUGGAGUCUGAGUGA